CUGAAGGCUAUAUCUAUAAAUAGUCAAGAACAAACAAAAAAAUGGAUAAUUGAAGCUACAAGAAGAAUGGGUUUCUCUACUAAUCCUUUCUCGUUAAUCGUACCUGACUCUGUUUUCGACCUUCUUCAACACCGUGUCUCCGCCGCUUCCGCCGUCUCGCCAUCAUCCUCUGACGACGACGCUAAGUCUGGUACGGCUAUUGACGAUGUCGGCUGCUCCGCUUCUCUCUCGACUCAGCUCGUCGCUGUCUUCUCUCUCUUAACAAUCAAACCUUUCUCGAAGCUCGAAGCCGAGGAUUUCGCCGGAGAUACGCCGCCAUGGACAACCUGUUUCCUCGGCGACUCUGACUCUUAUUCGUUCCCGUCUUCUUCUCAUCAAGCUGGAAACAGAGUCCAUGAGAAUGUCAAGCGAUUCGCCAGGAAUUACGCAACACUCUUCACCGUCUUCCUCACUUGCGCACUGUAUGAGAUGCCAUUAGCAUUGCUAGGGGUUGUAACAAACUUAGCCUUUUGGGAGUUAUUCAAAUUCUGCAGUGACAGAUGGGAAAACAAUCACCAUCCCAUGAUCCGACAAAUCGUAGUCUGUAUAGCACAAUGUGCGACAGUGAGUCUAUUGACGUAUUUGAACGUUCAAAUGGCUAUUUUCUAUGCUCUUGUGACAACUUAUACAGUUGUGAUAUUGCACGGCGGGUUCAGGAAUCUCAACCUUUCUGAGAAGCCAUCUGAAGGAAUAUAUAUAGAACCAAGUCUCGAUUUAAAAGACUAAUUAACAACAAACAUUGAGAUGGCUCGAGGAAUUUUAUUAUAAGUUUUGGAUUUUGGAUUUAACGGACUAUAUGUGUGUUUUAUAUAUAUAAACGUUUCUAUAUCCAUGAAGCAAAAUGGAGGAUCAUUUUGGUCCAUCUAAGGUUGUAAUUUGUUACUUGCGAAAUAAGAUAUCAUAUAUAUAGCUAUAUUAAGAUUUC